GCUAACAAGAUGGUCCAAGCUCACCGACUGUCAGUUGAUUAUUAUAACCAGCCACUUCAGAGACAACGGGCAGCGAGUGCGGUCAGCAUUAUCACCAGUGUUCUUGAAGAGCUUGAAGAAUCAGAUCGAAAAUGGCCUCGCAUCUUGAACAAGUUAGCCCGCAAGUAUCUUAUCUGGAACUGUUGCCCUCUGUGGCAGAAAAUAAAGAAGAAAGUGGGUGUGAUUGUGAUGGACCCCUUUACCGAUCUCAUCAUCACACUUUGCAUUGUGAUGAACACUCUUUUCAUGGCCUUGGACCACUACAAAAUGACCCCCCAGUUUGAGCAAGCUCUUUCGAGUGGUAACAUGAUUUUCACAGCCAUUUUCACGGCAGAAAUGAUCCUGAAGAUCAUCGCCAUGGACCCUUAUCAUUAUUUUCAGCAGCGUUCGAAUGUCUUCGACAGUGUGAUUGUCCUGAUCAGCAUAGUCGAGCUGAGCACGUCUACCGAGACGAAAGAGAACAAGAAAGGAAAGAAGGGUGGGAAAAAGGGCAGCUUUUCGGUCCUGAGAACCUUGAGACUGCUGAGAGUCUUCAAGCUGGCAAAGUCUUGGCCCACCUUAAAUACCCUCAUAAAAAUCAUCUUAAAUUCGGUGGAUGCUCUGGGCAACCUCACCCUGGUCUUAGCCAUUAUCGUCUUUAUUUUUGCUGUCUUUGGGAUGCAACUGUUUGGGAACAGUUAUAAAAGCUCCUGCAAGAAGUUAGACCCCACUUGCAAACUGCGCUGGCACAUGGAGGAUUUUUUUCAUUCUUUCCUCAUUAUCUUCCGGAUCCUGUGUGGGGAAUGGAUUGAGACCAUGUGGCACUGCAUGGUUGUGGCUGAGCGGUCCCUGUGCCUGCUGGUCUUUGUGAUGGUGAUGGUGAUUGGGAAUUUGGUGGUCCUCAAUUUGUUCAUCGCCCUUCUGCUGAACUCCUUCAGUACCGAUAACCUCAACCAGCUCCCAGAAGAUGACAGGGAGACCAACAACUUGAAGAUUGCCUUUGCUAGGAUCCACAGAGGGCUUCAUGUUGCAAAACAGGCCACGUUGACCUUUUUCUUCCGGGCGCUGGGGUGGAAGGGGAAAGCCGCCACCAAGAAAGUAAAAUGUGACUCAGAGAAAUGCGAGGUAGAACUGAGAAACAAUGGCCAUAAUUCCAAAGAAGGCCACAGCAGCCCCCAAGGGAGUGAGAAGAGCCAUCAGGAUGACUUCAUCUCCAAUCCCAGCGUCUUUAUCUGUGUUCCGAUUGCUCAUGUGGAACAGGAAAACCAGUUGCGCUUGAGGGGAGAAAAGGCCAAAAGCUGUGAACUCUGGAGCCGGACUUCAGAAAUUUCUAUCCCUGAAGAAAGAAGUGUACAAGCCUCCAAGGAAAGAGAGAGAAACAUCUGGCCUGUCUUUUUGGUUUUGUAGAAUGCCGACUCAACCAGUUGUUCAGAAGGCAGCACUGUGGAUCUGACAGACCCUAAUGAAUUCCUGAAGAACGUCUCUGAGCUUGAUGAUGAUUUAAAGCAGCCAGACAAUUGCUUCCCAGAAAGAUGUGUUCACCAUUAUCCUUGGUGUUCUGUGAAUACUACUAAGUUUCCAGGGAAAACAUGGUGGAAUUUAAGAAAGACAUGUUACCAAAUUGUGGAACACAACUGGUUUGAAAGCUUCAUUGUGUUCAUGAUUCUGUUAAGUAGUGGAGCGUUGGCAUUUGAAGACAUUUACUUGAGCGAAAGGAGGAAUAUUAAAAUCAUGCUGGAUUAUGCUGACAAAAUCUUCACCUACAUAUUUGUCUUAGAGAUGUUGCUGAAAUGGGUGGCUUACGGAUUCCACAAAUACUUCACCAAUGCCUGGUGCUGGCUUGAUUUCCUGAUUGUAGACAUCUCUCUGAUAACUCUUAUAGCACCUUUGCUUGGAAAAUUGGAGAUGGGCCCCAUGAAAUCUCUCCGUACACUGCGAGCUUUGCGACCGCUAAGAGCCCUGUCUCGAUUUGAAGGGAUGAGGGUGGUGGUCAAUGCCUUACUUGGAGCCAUUCCUUCCAUUAUGAACGUGCUGCUUGUCUGUCUGAUUUUUUGGCUCAUCUUUAGCAUUGUCGGAGUCAGCCUCUUUGCUGGAAAAUUUGGAAAAUGCAUUAACCGGACUGAAACAAAUAGCGUUAUCAACGAAAGUGUCAUUUUGCGGAAGUCUGAUUGCAAGAAUAAAAACAGCACGGGACAACUGUAUUGGACCACCGUUAAAGUGAAUUUUGAUAAUGUUGGCCUAGGCUAUUUGGCUCUUCUUCAAGUGGCAACUUUUAAAGGUUGGAUGGAUAUAAUGUAUGCAGCAGUUGAUUCAACAGGAGUUGAGCUUCAGCCAAAAUGGGAGAACAGCAAAUAUAUGUACAUCUACUUUGUGAUUUUCAUCAUCUUUGGCUCUUUUUUCACUCUGAAUCUCUUUGUGGGGGUCAUUAUUGACAAUUUUAAUCAACAAAAGAAAAAGAUCUUCGGUGGGCAAGACAUCUUUAUGACAGAAGAACAAAAAAAGUACUAUAAUGCUAUGAAAAAACUGGGAUCAAAGAAACCUCAGAAGCCUAUACCAAGGCCAACGAACAAGUACCAAGGAUUCCUUUUUGAUAUUGUGACUCACCAAGUGUUCGAUAUUGCCAUCAUGACUCUCAUCUGCCUUAACAUGGUUACAAUGAUGGUGGAAGCAGAUGACCAAUCUCAGGAGAAACUGUAUGUCCUGAACAAGAUUAACAUUCUCUUUAUCACCCUGUUCACAACUGAGUGUGCCAUGAAGCUGGUGGCCCUGAGACAUUACUAUUUUAUCAACGGGUGGAAUAUUUUCGAUCUGGUGGUUGUGAUCAUGUCAAUUGUAGGUAAUGUGCUUUCUGGGAUUGUAGUCUAUUUCUCGCCCACGCUUUUCCGGGUGAUCCGUUUAGUACGGAUUGGACGAAUCCUUCGGCUCAUUCGAUCCGCCCGAGGAAUCCGGACCCUCCUUUUCGCCCUGAUGAUGUCUCUCCCUGCUCUCUUCAACAUUGGCCUCCUGCUUUUCCUGGUGAUGUUCAUUUAUGCCAUUUUUGGCAUGGCCAACUUCGCCUACGUCGUCAGGGAAGCUGGAAUUGAUGACAUGUUUAACUUUGAGACUUUCGGGAACAGCAUGCUCUGCCUCUUCCAAAUCACAACUUCUGCUGGCUGGGAUGGGCUCCUCAGCCCCAUUUUGAACACUGGACCGCCAUUUUGUAACCCAAAGCUCAAUGUUCCUUCAACAUCUUCUAAAGGGGAUUGUGGGAACCCUGCAGUGGGGAUCAUCUUCUUCGUGACUUACAUCAUAAUAUCUUUUCUCAUUGUUGUGAACAUGUACAUCGCUAUCAUUUUGGAGAACUUCAAUGUGGCCACAGAAGAAAGCAGUGAGCCUUUAGGGGACGAUGACUUUGAAAUAUUUUAUGAGGUAUGGGAGAAGUUUGACCCCAAGGCAACCCAAUUUAUUUCAUAUUCUGAGCUGUCUGACUUUGCACACGCUUUAGUGGAUCCCUUGCGCAUCCCCAAGCCAAACAAACUUGAGUUGAUCGCCAUGGACCUUCCCAUGGUCAGUGAAGACAGAAUCCACUGCUUGGACAUUCUCUUUGCUUUCACCAAAAGAGUUCUGGGGGACUCCGGAGAGAUGGACAUACUCAAGCAACAGAUGGAGGAGAAGUUCAUGGUUGCUAACCCAUCCAGGGCUUCACAUGAACCAAUCACCACCACCCUCCGACGCAAGUAUGAGGAAACUUCAGCUAGGGUCAUUCAGAAAGCCUUUCGAAGUCAUUUGCUUCAACGUUCCAUGAAGCAGGCCUCAUUCUUACACCGUCACAAAAACUGCGAUGGUGACAUCCUGGAAGAAGAUGCCCCAGAAAAAGAAGGUCUCAUCGCCCUUUUGAUGAAUGAAACUUAUAUCCGAAAUCUGGAAGAGUCUCAAACAUCAUCACUGGAGUCUAUCCCUCCCUCCUACCACAGCGUUGCAGGAGAGCAAGAUGGUGAAGAUGGAGACCACAAGGACAUUUGUGGCCUGAAAAUGGCAGAAUCUUCUAUGAGUGAUAAGUUUAGAGAUGGUCACCUCUUUCCUGAUAAAGACAAGAUUUCCAAUGUUUAA